CCUUACAGACGGAUAUAACAUUUAGUUGGUCAAAAUUUAAAUUUCCGUCUGUAUUUUCGGGUGCGAGGGCCAAAACUAAUCGCCACCCUGGACAUGAGAAGAUUCACGCUCCCUAACCUCUUCCUCACCGUCGAGGGAGAGGACGAUGAUGAGGCGGACGAAAAUGUGAAGACGGAGGAAGAAGGCGUCUACCAUCAUGAAGACACGCCUCGCUCUUCGCCGAGAGAGGUCAAAGAAGUGGACUUGGCCGAUGGUUCUUCUCCAUCUUCUCCACGCACGCCGGCGUCGCCCAGACGCAUCGCUACGGCUAACCACUGUCCUGUCCACUGUCCCCAUAAAACUAAACUUGUUCAGGAGGAGCUCGGCAAUCGGGUGGCAGCGGAAACAGUUCCGGAAGAGGAAGAGGAAGAAGACACGGAAACUGGCGGGCCAAGCAAGGCAGAUACGACAGCUGCACUGUCCGCCAUGACACUCAAUUCUUCUAACAAUAAAUCGACCAGACAUAAUGAUGACACGACAAGCGAUCGAGAUACGAAUGUAAACGAAGUUUUAGAAGCAGGUGGCAUAGAGGAGGCCAAUAACGAUGUAAUAUCCAUUGAAAAAACUGGAGAUGGAAGUGGUUUGUCCACUCAAAGUGAGUCAGACGAAACCAAGAUGGCGUCGUCGAAACUCAAAAUGACACGCGUGCCUAAGAGUCCGAAAUCUCCAAGAUCACCAGUCAAUCCAAGAUACUUGAAGAUGUUUCAGCUUACAUCUGGAGCGUUAUCAGAGGACCCAUUAGGACGGUCAGGAACAGGGGCCUGCACGUGUCCGAACAGCUGUGUUCAGGACUUUGGCCUCCAAGAAGUUCCCACCCGCCCUGGCCUUGCAUUUGGGGAAAACUUGCGCGCUCGGAUCGACGGCUAUCGCAGGCAAGACUCCGGAGUUGUAGGAGUGCCCAGAGAAAAACGAAGCCAUUCCUUGGCGGCGCCAGGAUCCCUUGAACUCCCGGGAUGCCGUAGAGGUUUCAGACCGGAAGCCCUUCUGGUCCGGAGCGCUACUGGAACGGGAUGUUCUCUUGUCAAGGCCCAAUUUAAAAACCGGCAUCAGCUAUCGGUGCAAGCCAGUCUGGAAUUCAGUGACGAUGCCAUAGGAUUCCCAGGGACUCCUCCACCACAAGCCACGCCACCAGUUCACAAAGAUAUCCCCAUCAUGACUUCGAAGGUUCCUAAGAACAGGAGUAAGGAUUUCGGCAUGUUACCCAACCAACUCACCAUUGACCCAUCGAUGUUGGGCCGCACUUCCAGUUGGGAGGAUUACUCGGCCGAUGAAGGAAGCAAGUCUGAUAAUGAGAUUGAAAAAUCAUCGAAUGAAUCACCUAAACGUGAGGUUUCUAAUUAGUAUUGAGGAUAUUUAUUGAGUUCAUGUCAACCAGAAUCGGAGAAUUAGUAGUUUUUAUUAAAUAUGACUUUUAUAUAACUAUUGCAUGAUAAUCAAGUCGGAAUUUGUACAAUAAUAAUUAUAGUUUCUAACACUUCGCACAAAUUCGUCAAAAUAUUUUCUUAUUUUCUAACAACUAUUUGAUUUGUAUAGGUACUUUUUAAUCACUAAACCCGAUCUUACGUUUACUUGCUCUACAGCAAUUACAUUAUUGAGGUGUUUUUCAACAGUAGCAUGAAUGAAGUAGUGGUGCUCAUGUAAACGUCAUCUUGGAAGACCUGGAAAACUGCAGAAUAAUUUAUUAGUGAAUUAUAUGAAGAAGAAACCAGAUAAUCAUUGCGCGUCGAAGAGAUAUUACCUGGAUCCAACAAGGAGCAUAAUAUGACACAGUCUUGUUCAUGAUCAAAUUCCACGCAGGAAUUUGACUCGAAUUUCGAAUGAGUACAUAAUACAGGAGCGGCAUCAAUUUAACGUCCACCUCAUCCACAAGUCAACUUAAUUAGCACCCACUAACACAGAGCUUUAGUAGCCGCUGGGGGUGCAAAUAUGUAGACCAUCUGCUGCUGCUGCUGAUUAUUUCGAUUACCAGCCGAUCGAGCUUGUAAUUGAAAUUGAGUCCAAGGGUUUAAAAAAUUUGAUGACGGCUGAUAUUUAUAUCUCUCCGUGAAAUAAGUAUAUUUCGUUGAAUAUGCUCAAUGUCGUGCUCAUGGAUGUGAUCUUUAUGUGAAGUGUUGACAUGUUAAAUGUGUUUCGAAACUCUAUUAUAAAACUGGUUAAUUUUUUUUAGUAUAACUACACCCGUUGUGAUCGUGAAUACAAAUCGAUCAUCAAUUAUCAUGAUCUUAUACAUACAAACUGUGACAGUCAAUGAAAAACUAAAUUUACGUAAUUUUACAUGUCAUACAUUUAAUGGGCGUAAGUGUUAACUUGGGCACAAUAUGACUAAUUAUGUACAUUUCAUCCAAGGUUGCUCACGCCGGUUAUUUGUUACAUUAAUUUUCUCAAUUUACUAUUGCGUGCU